AAAGGGCCGUCGCCGCAUGCGCGCGCUCAGUCGGCGGGCACGCGCAGCACGCUUAGGGCGCGGAUGGCGGCGGCGGCUGGAAGCGGGACGCCCCGGGAGGAGGAGGGGCCCGGAGGGGAAGUAGCAGCCCCGCAACCCCAAGCCCCGACGAGCGGGCCCGGGGCUCGUCUCUCCAGGCUGCCUCUGGCGCGAGUGAAGGCCUUGGUGAAGGCGGACCCCGACGUGACGCUCGCGGGACAGGAGGCCAUCUUCGUUCUGGCGCGAGCCGCGGAACUGUUCGUGGAGACCAUUGCAAAAGAUGCCUACUGCUGUGCUCAACAAGGAAAGAGAAAAACCCUCCAGAGGAGAGACUUGGAUAAUGCAAUAGAAGCUGUGGAUGAAUUUGCUUUUCUGGAAGGUACUUUGGAUUGAUUGCUGAGCUCAGCAGUUUCGUGAGUCUUCUCUGCAUCUUUCAGCUCAGCCCUCUCUGCAGGCCUCAGCUUUGAAGAAGAGUCUCUGUGCACAUACAUCCUCUUCCUGUUCUACCUUUCCCUGAGCUGGGAUAAGCAGAGGUCUCCACUGACAGCUUUUCUCUACCAGGUCUUCCACCCGUGUGUGUCUUCCACAUCGGGCCUGGAUGCAGCUGCUGCUGCAUAGGGCAGAAAUUGUUCUGCAUAGGCGGCUUAACGAAUGGUGAGGACCAGAAUAAAGGCCUCUGACCAACUUCAUUCCAGUGUGUUUUAUAGUCUCCUUUAUGAUCUCCAGAUGAUUUGAUCUUUUUCUAGAGUCUAAUAAAUGUAGUCCUACACUGAAAA